AUGUAUUGUAAUUAUCUUCAAAAGGAAAAGCCCCAUCAAUUUAGCAACGAACCGAUGUACACAACACAACCUCUCAUUAUUAGUUUCUCUUUUAUUACCUCGGGAUAUGAACGCGUAGACAUUUUGGUUGGUUUAAGAACAAACUUAAAAUUUAAUCAGCCUUUGAAGGAGACUUAUUAUGAAUCAUUUCAUAAAAUUAUGUUGAUAUGUUAUAGUUUAAUGACUAAUGAAGAACCUAAAGCUUAA